AUAAAAGAAAGGCUAUCGGGGCGCGCGCGCCCUCCUUUCCUCUUCCCUAGCCAUUAUUCCGUCCCCCUCCCCUUCUUGUGGAAUCGCCGCCAUUGUAGGAAAGCGCCUGAGAAGGACUGUCUCGCUUCGUAGUAAUCCUUUUCUCCCAGGUAUCCUGGAGUUUACAGUUUGAAAGAUGUGUAGUGUUAUGCAAGCUGAUAGUAGAAAAAUGGACAUAUUGAAGAUACUACAUAAAGCAGAGCGCUUAGACUGUGAUCACUGCAGUUUCAAAGGCUCUGACUAUGAGACCGUACAGAUUCACAUGGGUACGAUCCACCCUGAAUUUUGUGAUGAAAUGGAUACUGCUGGAUUGGGGAAACUUAUAUUUUAUCAGAAAAGUGCAAAGUUAUUCCACUGCCACAAAUGCUUUUUUACUAGCAAAAUGUAUUGUAAUGUUUAUUAUCACAUCACAGCACACCAUGCAAUGCCUGACAAGUGGAAUGAAGAACAGAAGGGUUUGUUAGAAACAGACGUGGAAUCCCUGAAAAAACCUCUAUUUGUGGAACCUCAAAAACCUUUGCUAUCUCCUGAGACACACAAACCCACCAUGCCUCCAGAGACUCAAAAGCCUGUUGCUUCUGAACCCCUUACAUCUGACACUGAAUUAUCCUCCAAGUUACAAAAGCCCAUUUCAGUUACUUCUAUGGAGCAACAGAAGGUUACUCUGGCUGUAUGUCCAGAACCACAGAAACCCAUCCCUGUGGUAUCCUCGGAGCUUUCAAAACCUAUUCCAGUAGCGUCACCGGAACCACUGAAACCAAUCCCUUCUGUGUCUCCAGAGCCAUUAAAACCCACACGAGCAGAAUCCCCAGAGCCACCCAAGCCUGUCUGUACUUUGUCUCCAGAGCCACAAAAAUCCACCACAGCCACAUACAUUGAGCCACAGAAACCCCUCCCUGUUGUACACCCAGAACUGCACAUCCCUACCCCAGAGCCAGAAAAGCCUGCACCACUUCUAUCUCUGGAACCCCAGAAACCCAUUCCACCUGUAUCUCCAGAGCCUCAAAGGUCUGCGCUGUCCGUGUCUCCUCCUGUGUCUGCAUCAGAACCACAGAAAUUUGCUCCAGCAGUCUCUCCUGAGCUCCGCAGGCACUCUCCGGCUGUUUCUCCUGAGCCCCGCAGGUACUCUCCAGCUCUCUCUCCUGAGCCCCGCAGGUACUCUCCAGCUGUCUCUCCUGAGCCAAAGAAACCUGCUGCUGCUCUGUCCUCAGAACCUCGUAGGCAUAUUCCUCAGAUGCGGAGGCCCACUUCGGCGCUUUCACCUGAACCACGAAAACCUGAGCUAACACUCUCCCCAGAUCCCUGGAGAUCUGCCCCCAAUAUUACUCCAGAUCCCUGGAGGCCUGCCCCCAGUAUUUCUCAUGAGCAACAAAAGUCUUCAAUUACUGUCUCACCUUGGUCCCCUAAACCUUCCCCAUCUAUGUCACUUGAGUCCAGGAGGCCUGCUUCAGAGCCCCGAAGACCAGCCACUAUGAUGUCUCCAGAGCCUCAGAAGUUUGUGCCAGAGCCUUGGAAAUCUACCUCCUUGCCUGAAUCUCCAAAAUCUAAUCUUGCUUCUUCAGAGCCUUGGAAACCCAUUUCUUCUGUUUAUCCUGAGGGCUGGAAACCUGUUUAUUCCCCUGACACAUGGAGGCCGUCACCACCAGCAGCACCACCGCCUCCCCCUCCUUCUAUGCCAGCUGAGCUUAGAAAGCCUGGUCCUCCUAUGUCACCUGAUCUUUGGAAACCUUCAUUCUUUCCUGAGCAGCGUAAACCAACUCCCUCCAUGUCUCCUGAUCUCUGGAAAUUUUCCCCUGAGUCCCGAAAGUCUGCUUUCUUUCCAGAGACUCAGAAGUCUGCCCCUUUUGUUUCCUCUGAGCUUCAAAAACGUGGUUUGUUUUCUGAACCUCGGAAACGGGCCCUGUUUUCUGAGCCUAAAAAACCUGUUCCUCCUGUUUCUCCUGAGAUGCAAAAGCGUUCAUUUUUCCAUGAAACUCACAUGUCUUUUCCUGAAGUCCCCAAACAUGCUCUUUUUUCUGAAUCUCACAGACCUACUCCUGUUUCUCCUGAGGCCCCAAAGCAUGCCUUCUUCUCAGAGCCCCAGAAACAUGUUGCCGUUUCUCCUGAAAUUCAGGAGCAUGUUCCUUUCUCAGAACCUCAGAAAUCACCUGCUCUUUCUCAUGAAAUACUGAAGCCUCCUGCCACUUCUCCUGAAAUCCAGAAACAUGCUGCCUUCUCUGAACCCCAGAAGCUGCCUCCUGGUUCCCCUGAAAACCAAAGACCAUUCUUUGCAGAGCCUCCAAAAAGUUCUCUUUCACCUGAGCUCCAAAAGCCUGCACCUUCUACAGAUCAAAAGCAAGUCUUUGGUUCUGAUGUUCACAAACCUGUGCCUGCUGUUUCCUCUGAGGCCCACAAAACUGACUUCACCCCCCCUGCUGCGCCUGUUUUUUCAGAACUGCAGGCACAUACCGAAUCUGGUAAUAAAGAUUUAUUUGCUGAGCGCCCAGAGGAAGAGAAUCCAUUCAGUGGUCUAUUAGCUCCAAAGGAACAGCCUAUGCAAGCCAAGGAACCUAUAGAAGAUGUCUCAUAUUCUUGUCCAAAAAAGAAACCCAAGAGGGAAAGCCAGGAGGCUUCUAAUACUGAGAUAAAUAGCAGUGAGAGUGCAAAUGCAGAGAUGGAUACAUCAGAGGUGAAGGAACAGGAAUCAAACAGUGAUCAGGAACAGUUUGAUACUGAAUCUCCUGAUCUCAAUAAACAGACUAAAACUGAGGCAGCUACUCCUACUCAGCCUCAGUGUGUCCUGCAGUUUACAGAGGAGAAGGAAGCUUUUAUCUCGGAAGAAGAGAUAGCAAAAUAUAUGAAGCGUGGCAAAGGUAAAUACUAUUGCAAAAUUUGUUGCUGUCGGGCUAUGAAAAAAGGUGCUGUUUUGCAUCAUUUGGUUAACAAGCAUAAUGUCCACAGCCCAUACAAGUGUGACAUCUGUGGAAAGGCUUUUCUCUUGGAGUCUCACCUUAAAAACCAUGUGGCUGCUCAUGGUCAAAGUUUGCUUAAAUGUCCACGUUGCAGUUUUGAGUCAAACUUUCCUAGAGGCUUUAAGAAACAUUUAACCCAUUGCCAAAGCCGUCAUAAUGAAGAAGCCAAUAAGAAACAGCUGGAUACCACUACUGAACCACCUAGUGAGAGCCGUCCUAGCGAAGAGGCCAGUAAGGUACCAGUGGAAGGCAGUGAACCAUUGAAGGAAUCACUCUCUGAACCACUUAAUGAACAAACUCAGUGAUCUUUGUUAGUAAAUCAAAGUUCAGUAAAUCUCCAAAUAUCAGUGACAUUGUUGAAUUUGUCUAACAAAGUGAAAAGUAUGUGCUUCUAUAUAUAAUUAUGUUAACACGUUACAAUAAACUCAGUGGCCACAAGCCAUUGCAAGGCUGAGUGUGCUCAAACCAUUAAUUUAAAUGGACUCUAGCAUGUUUAGCUUGUUUGUGACAGAUAUAUUUAGCUUGUAGAAAUUGUAACAAACACACUUUCAGGCAUUGCCAAAAUAAUAAGCUUGUUCAGAGUGUCUUAAAAAGGGCAGGGGGAGGAAUUCAUUAAAAACUUAAAAUAUGCAGCUAGGGAAGAAGCAAUCGGACAACUAGUCAAUCCCAUUUUAACUAUAAUUCCAAAUUAUAUAUUUGAAAAACAUUGAGCAAGCUCUUAAAAAUAUUAAAGCAUCGCCCAAAUGAAAAUUGGUUUAAGCGUUGCAUGAAAUAAUAUUGUUUGUCUGGAAUUGUGAUGAUGUUUAUAAGUAUAUGGGGGCGGGGGUUGAGUUCUCACCUUACUUAAUUGCUUGCUUAGGUUUUUUUUUUUAAUACUUGUGCUUCUGUUCUCCCAUAUUUGAAGCACAAAUUAAUGUGUGUGAAUUAGCUAGAUUAAUUUCAGAUGUAGUGGAAAUACAUAUUUGCUGUCUUGUAUCAUUGUCUAUAUUGGAGAUAAAGUGCAUUUUAAGGAAUGUUUUUUAAAUAAUUUUUAACAAUAAACAUAAUUUGUGCACUUGGUUCUGUUCUA